AAAUCUUAUUAAUUUAAAUACUUUAUAAAAACCCCAAAAUUAGAAUAGCACCAAAUGUCUAUGGUCUUUUAUUUAUUUGUUUUUCAUGAUGGGUUUGUUUGGAUAUAUAGGGAAGAGAAGAAAAAAAAAGAAAAAAACAAUAGGGUUCUUUCUCUCCGUCUCCCUGCAUCAUCGUUGAAUCCUACAGGGGGGGAGAGUCUCUGCAAAAGAAAAAAAAAAAAAGAAAAAGAAAAAGAGCUUCUUUGACUCUCCUUCCUGUUAUCUCUUUCACAUUCACUCUUCUGAGUUGGUAUUUUUCACAUUCUUUAAGUUCUUGUAUUAAAUUAAUUGAAGCUAAUUUGGAUAUCCCUCAGAUUCUUAUCCAGAUCUUCAGAAUUUCUUGGAUUUUGCUUUUCUUUGGUAUAAAUUGGAAGUUUUGGAGAGGCGCGUUAAUUCAUGGGGAAUUGCUGUGCGACUCCAGCUUCCAGCUCUUCACCUGACAAGAAGAAGAAGAAGAAGAAAGCCAAAGAGGAAAACAAGCAGCAAAAUCCAUUCUUUGGCGAUGAUUAUGUUGUGAAGAAUGGAUCUGGAUAUAUGGAGAAGCUCGUGGUCUUAAAAGAACCCACAGGCCGUGAUAUUUCCGCACAUUACGAUCUGGGUUGUGAGCUUGGCCGGGGUGAAUUUGGGGUUACAUACUUGUGCACUGAUAUAAGCAAUGGUGAAAAGUAUGCUUGUAAAUCUAUAUCCAAGCAGAAGCUAAGAACUGCAGUGGAUGUUGAGGAUGUGAGGAGGGAAGUUGAGAUAAUGAAGCAUUUGCCUCCACAUCCAAAUAUCGUCUCCUUGAAGAGUACUUAUGAGGAUGAUAGUGCUGUGCACAUUGUGAUGGAAUUAUGUGAGGGAGGGGAGUUGUUUGAUAGGAUUGUAGCACGGGGCCAUUACACAGAAAGGGCAGCUGCUGCAGUUAUGAAGACAAUCGUGGAAGUGGUUCAGAUGUGCCAUAAACAUGGUGUCGUGCAUCGUGAUCUCAAGCCAGAGAACUUUCUGUUUGCAAAUAAGAAGGAAACAGCACCCCUAAAAUCAAUUGACUUUGGGUUGUCAGUCUUCUUUAAACCUGGUGAAAAAUUUAAUGAGAUAGUGGGUAGUCCUUAUUACAUGGCUCCAGAGGUUCUAAGACGCAAUUAUGGCCCAGAAGUUGAUGUCUGGAGCGCUGGAGUUAUUCUCUAUAUUUUACUCUGUGGUGUCCCACCUUUUUGGGCAGAAACUGAGCAAGGGGUAGCACAGGCAAUUAUUCGUUCUGUCAUUGAUUUCAAGAGGGAUCCAUGGCCUAAAGUUUCUGAUAAUGCAAAGGACCUAGUGAAGAAAAUGCUUAAUCCUGAUCCUAAGCUACGACUUACGGCUCAGCAAGUGCUUGAACAUCCUUGGAUACAAAAUGCAAAGAAGGCUCCAAAUGUCUCACUGGGGGAGACUGUGAAAGCAAGGCUCAAACAGUUUUCCACGAUGAACAAACUGAAGAAAAGAGCACUGAGGGUGGUGGCUGAGCAUUUGUCAGUGGAGGAAGUGGCUGGGUUACAGGAGGCCUUCGACGUGAUGGACAUCACCAAAAGAGGCAAGAUUAACUUGGAGGAGCUUAGAAUCGGGUUGCAAAAGCUUGGCCACCCAAUUGCUGAUGCAGAUCUGCAAAUUCUAAUGGAUGCUGCUGAUGCUGAUGGUGAUGGAACACUGAAUUAUGGGGAGUUUGUCGCAGUUUCAGUUCACAUUAAAAAGUUGGGCAAUGACGAGCACCUACAUAAAGCUUUUGAAUUUUUUGAUCAAAAUCAAAGUGGUUACAUAGAGAUUGAAGAAUUGAGGGAAUCCUUAAAUGAUGAAGUUGACACCUGUAGUGAGGACGUUAUCAAUGCAAUCAUGCAAGAUGUUGAUACAGACAAGGACGGACGCAUAAGCUAUGAGGAGUUUGCUGCAAUGAUGAAGGCUGGCACAGACUGGAGAAUAGCCUCAAGGCAAUAUUCACGAGAAAGAUUCAAUAGUCUGAGCUUAAAACUAAUGAGGGAUGGAUCGUUGCAGGUACGAAGUUGAAGGUGGAAUGAGGAAAUUGAACAGAAAAAACCAAUGCCAGAAAGAAGAAGAAGAGUCAUCCUCUAUUGUUGGGUUUAUGAAAUUAUAGUCACCUUACCUUUUUCAACUUCAUAGUUUGCUUUGGGAAGGUAGGAGUAGAGGGAUGGACUUAGUUUCUUUGUGUUACAGAAUUCGUUUACCCCGAGAUAGUUGCAGGAGACACAGACAAGUCAGGAAGGAGUUGGAAGGCAGUUAUAUCGUUGUAAAUAUAUCACCAGUUUGAACAAACACUUGUUUAAUUACGUUUAUGAUUUGACCGUUUGAAUCUUUUCUUUUGGAAA